UCAAUAGUGUCACCUGACACAUGUUCAUACAUUCUCUUACAUUUUCCUAUGCUUACAGAGACCACCUAGAUACCGUGUAUGGCUCCGUUUAUCAAGUCUGGCACUUCUCACAAAACCGGCGCUACGUCGGGGCAACUAGAGCGGGACCUUGCAAGAGCGGUGUCCGUUUUGACAGCGACCGCUACGGCGAAUGGUGUCAAAUUUUACCAAAGCAAAUUGACGAUGUUUGUUAUGUACGAGGAACGCCUCUCGACGUCAGUUCAUUGUUGUGGAAGAACGGUUGUAAGGUCACCCGCUGGCACUUCCCAGACCUCUGCGACGAGGACUUGGACUGGAUGAUCGGCAUCCUGCGCCAAUUUAGGCAUUCUCGCCUGCGUGUGGUCUUACCGAGAAAUGGUCUCACCGCUACGGGCGCUCGUCGGCUGUUCGAGGAGCUCCCCCAAAUCCGGGAGGUAUACCACGACCCUGGCGCGGCGCCCCUGACGUCAGCUGGCAGUGCACCUGAUCUCACCUUCAUCGAGUUGUCAACGAACAACAUCAUUCAAUGGAUGUAAAAUGCUGCGGCGUGGUAGUAGGCUUUUUGUGCGGUUGGUGGAUCGCAAAUUCCCGGGCAAGAUAAUUUGAGACCUAACCUGGUCUACAAGACAUUAUCCACUGGCGGCCACGCGGUGAUAUGCAGAGAAAUUGAAAAAAAAAUAAUUUUCAAAAUCAUUUUAAUCAUACGGCUUAUAGAAUCUUGUUAGGUCUGUUGUGUUUUGUGCUUUUUACUCGUAUAAUAAUCGCACAACAGCGGUUUACGGAUGAGGACAUGCUUGAUACAACAUUAUAUUGAUAUCGAAUAUUGUUAUUGUAGCUUCAGACGAAUUACGGCAGUGAUUACAUUUCAUCCUGUUCAAGUGAUAUACCCUGGGGUCACCUGCCCAUUUCAAGGAGACUUCACGAGUGAUUAAAUUAAAACAAUGAACGGAGUAAAUACUCACAGUUAAAUUAAAUUAUUGAACACAUCACAUGAUAUACUAUUCUAUUAACCAUGCCAGCGUUAGGCCUCCAAAUCGCGUCGCAUCAAGUGUUUGUGAAGUGAAGAGUUUGUUGUUAUUGACUUGAAGCGCCAGUCGCGUCGUGCCCUCGAAAUCUUCGUAUCCUCGCUACCAAAAUACACGUUUGACUUACACGUCAGGUUGGCCAAAACUGAUUUGCGGCAACCGUACAUUAGAAUAUGUUGGACAUUUUCUUUAGUUAAAUAUUUCUACAUUCGUGGUAUAUUAAUAUCUUCAGAAUAUUAAUUAUAUACGCAGGCUGACGUUAGUUUCUGGAAAAAAGUCAUAGCUCAUAAAAGAUUGCUGUAUGAAACAUGUGGCAGCAUCUUUAAUCAUGCGCUCUAGAAAAUAAGAAUUUAAUGAGGACAGAAUGUUGUGAAAAAUUAUAUGAAUGAAGAUAUCAAUAUCCCUGGCAACGUGAGCGGAGUCUUUCCAAACGAAGAGAUUUACACAACUUUGCUUGGUAUCUAUAAUAUUGAAUGAAAUAAGACUUUCGAUAAGCGCAAUUUUGGUUCCAACCUAUUGGCAAAUACCUAGAGAAACGUAUGAUUAUUUCUCAGUAGUGAAAUAAUUUUGAUAACAGUAAACACGGACGCAAUUGGGAAACAUGGCAGGUUUUUAUCGCCUAACCAUCUUCUUAACUUGUAAACUAGCCCCCGCAUCAAAUCUGAAAUUGUUUCUACUGUAUGUUUGAAUUACAUGGCAAUUCAUGCGAAGCCUUACAUUGUCACGAGCUUAUAGGAAUGAUAUACCACUACCUUAAUAAAGAUU